CGUGGCGGGACUGGCGGCCGGUCACGAUGGCGGUGGCAUAUCAUGGGUGAGGACCGUGAGCUUCACUCACUCGUUGUUGUCGCUGGUAUAAGGACUGUCGUCGGUGCUGUCUUUUUUUUCUGCUUCUUUUUCGUUUUCUAUCCGAAUAUGAAUUCUUGAGAAUUUACACGAUGCAUUUCUUACACACUCUGCUCUUGUGCAGUGCCGCCGUGGGCAGCACUGUCCAUGCACAACUUCUCCUGAUCCAGGCAUGCGUGCAGCUCGCGCAACAGGCUUUACAGACCUUCAACCUCUGGACAGAAUACAAGGGAGUGACUCCCCAGCAGUACAGAAUCGAAAUCGAAAUCACUGCGGUACCACCGAUUGUGGAUGUCACGCAGGCCACAUUAGUGAAUAGCUGUGACGAUUACUGGCUGCAGACUGCGAAACAUCAAGGCAUUGCAGCCUUCAACUCCAACCCCUCCGGAUACCAGGUAUUUCGAAAUGUGAAGGAUUUCGGCGCAGUGGGAGAUGGCAAGACCGACGAUACCAGCGCCAUCAACAGUGCCAUCUCCAGUGGGAAUCGAUGUGCUCCCGGCUCCUGUGCCUCUUCCACCGUCACGCCCGCAGUCGUCUACUUUCCCACCGGUGUCUACAUGGUCAACAGCUCCAUCAUCGACUACUACUACACGCAAAUCAUCGGCAAUCCCAAGUCGGGAUGUACACCCACCAUCCGUGCCUUUUCCACCUUUGCCGGCAGCUUGGGCGUCAUCGAUAGUAACCCGUACGGCAACACUGGCCAGCUCGGAUAUGGCUCCACGAACGUGUUCUGGCGUCAGAUUCGGAACCUGAUCAUUGAUACUACUUUGGUUCCUGCGGCGAAUGCUAUCACAGGACUUCACUGGCCGACUGCACAAGCAACUUCUCUCCAGAAUAUGGUGUUCAAUAUGAGUACUGCGCCGGGCACACAACAUCAGGGUCUGUUCAUCGAAUCGGGCUCGGGUGGCUUCAUGAAUGAUCUCACCUUCUUGGGUGGGCUCUACGGCGUCAACUGGGGGAACCAGCAAUUCACUGUGCGGAACCUCACAUUCAAAGGCUGCGUGACGGCCAUCAAUCAGAUCUGGGACUGGGGCUGGACAUACCAGAACAUUAAUAUUGACAACUGCACUCUCGGCCUGAAUAUGAGCUCGGGCGGCAGCGGUGCAUUGAGCGUUGGGAGCGUCACAAUGCUCGACUCCACCAUCACCAACACCAAUGUUGGUAUUCUCACCGGACGAGAUGCCACUUCUCAGCCACCUGCUGCAGGCAGUUUGAUCCUCGAAAACGUCAGCUUUAGUAAUGUUUCCGUUGCUAUCCGCGGUCCAGAAGGAACUCGAGUGGGCAGCACAAGUCUCAUUGCUGGCUACAUCGAGGGUAAUGCAUACACACCAUCGGGACCAAAUCGAGUGCAGCAGUCCCUCACUCCCAAUGUUCGACCUUCGACACUCCUUCAGAGGGACGGCAAGUACUAUCAACGAUCAAAGCCUCAGUACGAGAGUCUGCCGUACUCAUCCUUCCUGAGUGCGAGGACCGCAGGCGCCACGGGUGACGGACGAACAGACGACACGAAAGCUCUCCAAAAUGCGAUCAACAUUGCUCAGAGCCAAAACAAGGUCCUCUACCUGGACCAUGGAAACUAUCUGGUGACCGACACCAUCUACAUUCCCUGUGGAUCGAAGAUUGUGGGCGAAAGCUAUCCGGUCAUCAUGUCUUCGGGCGCUUUCUUCAACGACAUGUCCAAUCCGCAGCCUGUCGUUCAAAUUGGCAAGCCAGGCGAGCAAGGCUCGAUCGAGUGGACCGACACUAUCGUCUCCACGCAAGGCCAGCAGAAAGGUGCCGUCCUGAUCGAGUACAAUCUCGUCGCCCCAACCGGGACACCGACGGGACUUUGGGAUGUGCAUGUUCGCAUCGGAGGCUUCGCAGGCUCCAAGCUCCUCGUCGAAGACUGUCCCAAGACACCCAAUCAGACGGUCACACCCGGUCAGAUCAACCAGAACUGCAUCUCGGGAUAUUUGUCGAUGCAUAUUACCAAGGGAUCGACGGGUCUCUAUCUCGAGAAUGUCUGGCUAUGGGUGGCAGAUCACGAUAUUGAGGAUGCCACUUUGACGCAAAUUACUGUAUAUGCAGGUCGUGGACUUCUCGAUCAAUCCCAAGGGCCUGUCUGGAUGGUCGGUACCGGUGUUGAACACCACGUCCGCUACGAAUACCAAUUCGCCCAAGCCCGCGCCGUCUACGCCGGCCAAAUCCAAACCGAAACAGCCUACUACCAACCCAACCCCAACGCCCGCAACCCCUUCCCCACCGUCCCCUCCCUCUCCGACCCCUCCUUCCCCAACUCCACCAUCAUCGACUCGCGCCCAGGAAAUCUCACAGUCAUUCCCGCCGCCAACGGCUGGGGCUUGCGCAUUCUCGACUCGCAAGAAAUUCUCAUCUAUGGAGCCGGGUUGUAUUCGUUUUUUUUGAAUUAUAAUACUACAUGCUCGAAUCAGGGUGAAGGGUCGAGAUGUCAGAGUCGGAUUUUUAGUUUGGAGGAAAGAAAUGGAGGGGGAGGGGGAAAUGGAGUGAGUGUGUAUAAUUUGAAUACGGUGGGGACGAGAUUUCCGAUUACUGUGAAUGGAAGGGAUGAGGCGUAUUUUGAUGAUAAUCGGAAUGGAUUUGUGCAGAGUGUGGCGUUGGUGAGGAAUGGGGGGAGGGUUUGAAAAAUAAGAUGAAGAAGAAGAAGAAGAAGAAACUUUUUUUUUUCUCAAGCCAUUUUGUUGCGAGAUUACUACUUACUUACUUACUUACUCUACGCACCUAGCUUCUCGAGAUGGGGAAGUGAAUUAAGCCGUAUCUGUACAGGCAGGCAGGCGGACAGGCAGGCAGGCAGGCCCAGAGGAUCAUUUUAUCCGCUCAGGACUUUUUUCUCCCCCUUUUUUGUUUUGGGCGUAGAACAAGAACAAGAACAAAAAGUGAAAACAACAGCCAU